AUGCCCGCCGUCGAUCGCAUCGACACCUCUUCGGAGCGCACCCCGCUACUGGCCGGGACACCAACCCCUACUAUAUCAUCGCGCUCACCAUCCCCGGGCAACCCGAUCACGGUAUCGUCAACUAGUGAAACCCUCGCCGGGGAAGGUUACAACGACAAUGAUCCCACCUUAUCCCCAUCGGCCGCGGCCGCCUCGCAGCUCCGCGCCCUCCUCCGCCCGCGCGUGAUCAUCGUCUCCUUGUUCCUGAUCUUCCUUCUCGAAAUCGUCAUCGGCGUCUCCGUUCCGCCCAUAAACGCCAUCAUGGAAAGCAUCAUCUGUCGCCAGGUGCACCCGGAUCUCUUUCCCUCACCUGGCCAGGGCCACCCUCCCGUCGUCGAACCCGCCAUCCCUACCCUCCCCGACAUAUUUUCUGUCGUUUUACCGGGGGGAGGCCUUCACCGGAUCCGGCACUUUGCUGGCGGGGUUGUGCUCGUGGACGACCCAGCGUGCAAGGCGCCUGGUGUGCAGGGGUACUUGGCCAUGCUGCGUGGGUGGCAGAGCACAUUUGAGUCCAUUGUGGGGUUGAUCGUUACGGUGCCGUAUGGGAUCUUGUCGGAUCGUUGGGGUCGACGGGGAGUGAUGGCGUUGUCGAUGGCGGGGAUUGUGGCGAGUUAUGCGUUUAUGUAUUUGGUUUUCUACUUUGAGGAUAUCAUCCCGCUGUGGGUGUCGCUACUCUCCGCGGCGUUCCAACUGUUCGGCGGUGGUGGUACUGUCCUCGUGGCGAUGAUCUACACCAUGCUCGCCGACGUUAUCCCUUCGGAGGAGCGCGCCGUUGUCUUCUUCCGAAUCACCUCCGUUUUCCUCGGCUCGCAAAUGAUCGCUGGCCCCAUCGGUGGCGCCCUGCUGGACUGGUCCCCGUGGCUUCCGCUGCUUCUUUCCCUCUUUGCGGGUGUCCUCUGCAACGUCCUCAUCCUUGCGUACCCCGAGACCGUCCACGUCCACGCCCGGAAACGGACCGGACAGGAGGAGGACGAAGAGGCUCGUGACGGUUAUGAGAACUGGGCCAAGACACUCCGCGCUCGAAUCGCCAGCCUUUGGAAGAAAGCUGGCGAAGGUGCCAUGGAAGCAUGGGAUUUUAUCGUCACUAACCAGAGCGUGGCGUUUAUGCUGAUAGCGCUCACCUUCCUCGUUUUGGGCCGCUAUGUCAGCGAGCUGCUUCUGCAGUACGCGACGGACCGCUACGGCUGGAGCUGGAGCAAGGCGUCUCUGGUACUGACCGUCCGCAACGGCGGCAGUUUAUUCACUUUGCUGGUUGUGCUACCCGCCGUGAGCUGGUUCUGUAUCCAACGCCUUGGAAUGGACAGCGUGUCCAAAGACCUGUGGCUGGCGCGGUGGUCCGGAAUUCUCUACAUCAUCGGCAGCCUGAUAAUUGCGUGUGCGGUCAACGGCACGCUGUUCUCGGUUGGUCUGGCGUGGUAUGCCCUCGGCUCUGGCAUGCUUGCCAUGCUCCGGUCUCUGGUUAAUGCGGUGGUUGAGGAGCACCAUGUUGGUAUCCUCAACUCGCUGAUCGGCUUUACGGAGGUGUUGGGCAUGACGUUCGCUGGCCCCGCGUUGGCGGAGAGUCUGAGCAUCGGUUUGGAGCGUGGUGGCGCCUGGGUUGGACUGCCAUUUUUUCUCUCGGCGGUUUUGUUUACGAUAUCGACGGUUGUUGUGUGGGUCUUCAGGUUGCCGCAGAAUAAACGGGGUCUAGUGGGGGAGGUUGCGGUGUAG